AUGUGGCUGAUCGACACCGGAAGCGAGGAACUUCAUCCAGAGGAGUUUUUUGAGGACAACCGUCCGCAGUAUGCAAUACUGUCUCAUCGAUGGGGCGCCGGCGAGGUCACGUUUGCUGAUAUGAAAGAGCCGGCCAAAGCCAGGGCCAAAGCCGGCUGGGUCAAGAUCAGCAAGACCUGCGAGGUGGCCAGGCUAUCCGGGCUGAGGUACGCUUGGGUCGAUUCGUGCUGCAUCGACCGGUCAAGCAGCGCCGAGCUCUCGGAAGCCAUCAACUCGAUGUGGCACUGGUACCGAGAGGCGACUGAAUGCUAUGCAUUUCUAGGGGACCUGGACCUACGCUCCACCACCUCGAGCAUCGAGGACCAGCUGAGGGCUUCGGAGUGGUUUCGCCGGGGCUGGACGCUGCAGGAGCUCAUAGCUCCCAAGGCCAAGUCCUUGUUCUUCCACGACAAGGAGUGGAAUGUUCUGGCGAACAAAGUCACGCUCUCCAAGCUCAUCGCCGAAAUCACCUCGAUACCCCAGGAGGUUCUCCUGGACGCCAGUCUCGUGCGCCACUGCAGCGUCGCGCAGCGCAUGUCAUGGGCCUCGCGGCGCAAAACGACCCGGAUCGAAGACGCCGCCUACUGCUUGCUUGGCAUCUUCGACAUCAACAUGCCACUAUUGUAUGGAGAGCGGCAGAAGGCGUUUCGUAGACUGCAGCAAGAAAUCAUCGGCAAAAAUAGCGACACCACCUUGCUUGCCUGGGAGCCUACCGAUGAGGCCACGGGGGACGAUGAGUACUGUGACAUCUUUGCCCCCUCUCUCGCCGCAUUCGCCAAUAGUCACCACACGAAAAUAGCCAAAGAGUUUAGGCCGCCCCAGUGGUACAACACCUCUAGUGGCCUAAUCUUUCAUGCUGAAACUUUCAGGUUACCAGUUGGAAACGUGAUCAAGACAGUAUUCAUCCCCGGCGUCACAAACCCCAAGUACGGGGGGAAACUGCGUGGCAGUCUCUCAGUGUAUGAUGUCAACACCACUCUACUUUGUUUUGAGUUAGAAAUGGUCGGUUCGGCUACAUACUGCCGCAGAAAUCAUCCACAACUUCUCAAGCUGUCAAGUCGCGUAUUCAGAGAUAUUGAGCAUGUUACACAGCCUCCGUUCGGUAUUAGGACGCUCAGUUUCCCACAUUUGGCAGAGUCGUAUAUGUAUAGCUCCAAGCUGCACCUGCGGACACCGCCAGAGAUGAAGAUGGUGCGGGCUUUUCCUGAGAAGUCGUGGAAUUAUGAGGGCAAGUUCUUCUUCUCGGUUGACGUGUUUCAGGUACUGGGUGCUUUGUUCAGGUUUCCGGAGGGCGACGACUUGAUCUUCCUGGCUAGUUCCGUUUGGGACUCUCAAUACAACGCCAAGUUCAAGAUGCAGUUAAUCAAUAGGCGUCUGCUACCGGCGGUAGCAGAUGCGGUAUUGCAAUGGACGCAGACAGAGGAGGUCGAUGUCAGUGAGAUGGAGUCUACACACCCUGAAACUGCCAAGCUAUCCCACUCGACAUCCGUUAAGAUUCGUGGUCGAAAGCAUGUCGUUUCUGCAAAUUAUGAUCAGAGUAACGACACUCGUGAUGGCCGUGGAUCAUGGCACCAACACAUCGAUAUCUCAAUAAGACCGCAAGGCAUCACAGGUGGCUAA